AUGAGUGCAGGGGCUGAGUGUGAAACCCCCAGGAAGAGAGUCAGGUUGGGCCCCCCCGCCUCCCCCAGCCGCGGCUCGGAGGAAGAGCAGCCCCCUUCCUUGGACAGAAAAGGGACACUGCAGCCUCCGCCUCCUCCCCCUCCCCCACGGGAACGAGGGCCCAGAAGCAGCGGUAGUAGUCAAAGCUUGGCAGCCACGGUGGGGAACAAAGUUUACAAACAAAGGACAAUUACCACUUGGAUGGAGAAUAAAGGACCCAAGACAACUGAGUUAAAGAGUUUGCAGAGCAAAACUAAUAGCACGGGAGCAGAUCCCAAGAUGACUUCUGUUAAAAAGGAUAACUUGUGUGAGCAUGAUGUUAAAAAGCUAGAGAAUAUUUGUCCACAAAGCUAUCCAACAAAAUCUGUGGAAAUGAGUACGAAACUUGUAAAUCUGCCUCAGACUGGCAACCUGUGUAAAUGGGAGGCAGAGGGGCCAUGCAGAGAUCAGUCAUCAGACAUAGAGCCUGUUAAAGGGACCCGGUCUGGAGAUCAGUUUAAAAAUGCCAAUAUUGAUCACAUGCACAAAACUGGCAAGCAGGUUCACAGAGGUAGUGAAGAAAAUAGUGACAAUUGGACUCACAGGAAAUUAUCAUCAGGCAGGUCUGUGAAGAUGGCAAAUACCAAACAUCCAUCAAAAGACAGUGAAACAGAAGGAAAAGUAACUUCAUGUAAUCCACAGCAGCUAAAGAGCUGCAAUCCUGUCCAUGUAGUCUGUGUGACUAGUGAGCAAGAUGAGGUGGAUGUAGUUCCAGAAAGCCCACUUUCAGAUGUUUGCAGUGAUACUUGUGUAUCUGAUAUCAGAGGUCCAGGAAAACUGAACAAAUAUCAAAGUAGUUCAGGAGAUUCGCGUGCUUUUGAGAAAGAAAGUGAACCGGAGUCACCAAUGGAUGUAGAUAAUUCCAAGAAUAGCUGCCAGGGCUCAGAAGCUGAUGAAGAAACAAGUCAAUUUCUUGAUGAGCAAGAGGAUGUUGACACAUCAAAAGCUGCAAGCAAAUCUUCCAGGUUUCAGCAAGGGAAUGCUGACCCAGAGUUGAGAAGGUCACCGUUUUCUUCCAAAUGUUGUGAAGGUAUUCGAUAUAACCUCCAUUUUGAGGGGACGGAUGACUCUGUCAAAGAGGAUGAAUUGCAUACAAAGUCAUAUGGGAUCUCUCCCACUCUUUCAUCAGAAUGCAAAGGUGCAAAACACUGUGGGAAGAAGGACUCGAAAAUCACUGCCCAUUUCAUGAGGAUACCCAGAACAGAGGAGAAAAGCAGGAAAGAACCUUGUGAAUUCAAACACCAAAGGCCAGGAAGGAAGAUUCCUAAAUAUAUCCCACCUUCGCUUCCAACUAAUAAGAAAUGCUUUGGGACACCUAUUGAAGAGAUGAGGAGAAUGCCUAUGUGUGGGGCUCGUCUUCCUCAUUUGAGACCAUCAACCAAUCACACAGUGACCAUCAGAGUAGAUCUAUUGAGGGAAGGAGAGGUGCCAAAACCUUUCCCAACUCAUUAUAAAGAUUUGUGGGAUAAUAAACAUGUUAAAAUGCCCUGUUCAGAACAAAACUUAUACCCUGUAGAGGAUGAGAAUGGUGAUAGGACUGCUGGAAGCCGAUGGGAGCUAAUCCAGACUGCACUACUUAACAAGUUCACCAGCUCACAUGAUUUGAAGGAGGCUAUAUUGAGAUAUAAUGUUGCUUAUGCCAAGAAGUGGGACUUUACUGCUCUUACUGACUUCUGUGAUAAGGUGCUCGAAGAUGCAGAGUCUCAGCAUUUGUUCCAGUCCAUCUUGCCUGAUAUGGUGAAGCUAGCACUUUGUCUUCCUAGUAUCUGCACUCAGCCAAUACCUUUACUGAAACAAAAGAUGAAUCACUCCAUCACAAUGUCACAGGAGCAGAUCGCUAGUUUUCUAGCCAAUGCUUUUUUCUGCACUUUUCCACGACGCAAUGCCAAGAUGAAGUCUGAGUAUUCUAGUUAUCCAGACAUUAACUUCAACAGAUUGUUUGAAGGGCGGUCACCAAGGAAGCCUGAGAAGCUUAAAACCCUUUUCUGCUACUUUAGAAGAGUCACAGAAAAAAAACCGACUGGAUUAGUGACGUUUACAAGACAAAGUCUUCCAGACCUUCCAGACUGGGAAAGAUCUCAUAAAAAACUGACCAGAUUGUAUGUCACAUAUGAGGGCACUAUAGAAAGCAAUGGACGUGGUAUGCUACAGGUUGAUUUUGCAAAUCGUUUCGUUGGAGGUGGCGUCACUGGUGCAGGACUGGUACAAGAAGAAAUUCGUUUUUUAAUCAAUCCAGAGCUGAUAGUAUCUCGGCUCAUCACUGAAGUCCUGGACCACAAUGAAUGUCUUAUAAUCACAGGUACUGAGCAAUACAGUGACUAUACAGGCUAUGCAGAAACAUACCGAUGGGCGAGAAGCCAUGAAGAUGAUACCCCAAGGGAUGAAUGGCAGAGGCGCUGCACUGAAAUUGUUGCUAUCGAUGCAUUUCACUUCAGACGUUUUCUUGAUCAGUUUGUUCCUGAGAAAAUUAGAAGAGAACUCAACAAGGCAUACUGUGGCUUCGCUCGACCUGCUGUUCCCCCUCAGCAUCUUUCAGCAGUAGCCACAGGAAACUGGGGAUGUGGUGCCUUUGGUGGCGAUUCCAGAUUGAAAGCCUUAAUACAAAUCCUUGCAGCUGCGGAGGCUGGGCGAGAUGUGGUUUAUUUUACAUUUGGAGAUGCUGAGCUGAUGAGAGAGAUUUACAGCAUGCACACCUUUCUCACUGAGAAGGGCCAAACUGUAGGGGAUGUUUACAGGCUGUUGCUCAGAUAUUAUAAUGAAGAAUGCAGAAGCUGUUCUACUCCAGGACCAGAUGUGAAGCUUUACCCUUUCAUAUAUAAUACCCUUGAAUCCUAUGCAGAUUCCACCGAUGAAGAUGAGAAAGGAUUGUGCUUUGAUGACUAAAAUAAAAAUUUAUGAGGAGGAUUUUUUUCCUUUCCUUCUAAUAUAUUGUUUGAAUUGCUGGGUGUAAAAUAUGGACUGGCUUAACUUAAUAUCAAUGUAUAUAAUACUGCAUUUGUAAUCCUAUAAACUCUCCCAACCUAAAACCAAACUUUCAGAGGUGAGAUUUUCUGUUUAUACAAUGUAAACCCCAUCCAUCCACAUAUAUAAAGAGUUGUUUUGUAAAUCCUAUUUGCAUGUCUUCUUGUUCAUCGGCAGAUUUUGGUCUAUAUUUGUUACCCUUUG